AUGACUUUUCCCCGGUAUCAUUCACCUGUUUCUCCAACGCUGUGUGCUCAGUGUCUGAUUCACAAUAGGUGCUCAAUAAAACAUUAUUGUCCUGAAUUAAAUCCCCCGGGAAAGGGCGCCCUCGGGGACUUCGGAACUUCAGGCCCCGCCCACCACUCCUCUGGGGUUCAGGCCAACACGCCGUUGCCAUGGCAGCAGGGGGCGCGGUUGACGUGCUGCGGGGUUUCCGGGAAGAUGGCGGCUGUCGAAGCGGCUGCAGAGCCGGUAACGGUGGUGGCGGCUGUUGGGCCAAAAGCGAAAAACGAAGAGGAGGAGGAAGAGGAGCCGCUGCCACCGUGCGAGGCGGUGCGCUGGGCCCCGGUGGGGGCGGUGGCGGAGGCCGGGCCUGGAGCAACUGCGUUUUUCGAAGAGACGGCGGCCGAGGAGCCUGGCGCUGUCCCGGGCUCCCCGCCGGAUUCGCCGGGCCGGACGCUGCGGCGGCUGCGGGCAGAGCGGCGGCGGCUGGACUCGGCGCUGCUGGCGCUGUCCUCGCACUUCGCGCAGGUGCAGUUCCGCCUGCGACAGGUGGUGCGCGGGGCGCCGGCGGAGCAGCAGCGCCUUCUGCGGGAGCUCGAAGACUUCGCCUUCCGCGGCUGCCCUCACGUCCUAGGUUACGAAGGGCCCGGCGACCCCGCCAGCGAUGAGGGCGAUGGGCUGCCGGGAGACCGGCCACGGUUGCGGGGCGAGGACCAGGGCUUGAGUGAGCAGGAAAAACAAGAGCGUCUGGAAACCCAAAGGGAGAAGCAGAAAGAACUGAUACUACAGCUGAAGACCCAGCUAGAUGACCUGGAAACAUUUGCCUAUCAAGAGGGCAGUUACGACUCGCUGCCACAGUCCGUGGUGUUGGAAAGACAGCGGGUGAUCAUAGAUGAGUUAAUAAAGAAACUGGACAUGAAUCUGAAUGAGGACAUCAGUUCCCUGUCCACUGAAGAGCUUCGUCAGCGCGUAGAUGCAGCGGUGGCUCAGAUCGUCAACCCAGCCCGAGUCAAAGAACAGUUGGUUGAGCAACUAAAAACUCAGAUCCGAGACCUCGAGAUGUUCAUCAACUUCAUCCAAGAUGAAGUGGGAAGCCCCUUGCAGACAGGUGGUGGACACUGUGAGUGCAAGGCCGGUGGGAAGACAGGAAAUGGCUGCAGCAGAACAGGCAGCAGCAGACCGCCUCCAGGAAACAGCAAAACAGCAAAGGCAGAGGAUGUGAAGAAAGUCCGGGAGACAGGGCUGCACCUGAUGCGGCGAGCGCUGGCAGUGCUCCAGAUCUUUGCUGUUAGCCAAUUUGGUUGUGCCACAGGCCAGAUCCCUCCAACCCUGUGGCAGAGGGGCCAGGCUGACAGAGACUACUCUCCCUUGCUGAAGAGGCUGGAGGUGUCAGUGGACAGAGUGAAGCAGCUAGCCUUGAGGCAGCAGCCACACAACCAUGUCAUCACCUCUGCCAACCUCCAGGACCUCUCUCUGGGAGGCAAGGAUGAGCUGACUAUGGCUGUGCGGAAGGAGCUGACAGUGGCCGUAAGGGACCUGCUGGCCCAUGGACUGUAUGCCUCCUCCCCAGGGAUGAGCCUUGUUAUGGCUCCUAUUGCUUGUUUGCUGCCAGCCUUCUCCUCGGCCCCUCAGGCCAUGCACCCCUGGGAGCUCUUUGUAAAGUACUACCAUGCUAAGAACGGCCGAGCUUAUGUGGAAUCCCCAGCCCGGAAGCUCUCCCAGUCCUUCGCCCUUCCUGUUACGGGAGGCACUGUUGUGACCCCCAAACAGAGCCUGCUGACAGCCAUUCACAUGGUGCUGACAGAGCACGACCCUUUUAAGCGCAGUGCAGACUCAGAAUUGAAGGCUUUGGUGUGCAUGGCACUGAAUGAGCAGCGUCUGGUGUCCUGGGUGAACCUCAUCUGCAAGUCUGGGUCACUCAUCGAGCCUCACUACCAGCCCUGGAGCUACAUGGCACACACAGGCUUUGAGAGCGCCCUCAACCUGCUCAGUCGCCUCAGCAGCCUCAAGUUUAGCCUCCCUGUAGAUCUGGCUGUGCGCCAGCUCAAAAACAUCAAAGAUGCCUUUUGAUGAGAGUGCCCUAACCCCAGACAAGCUCCUUGCUCAGUAGGAAUAGAUGUGUUAGUCUUCCAGCAUAGGAGCAAGGAAUCAAAAGUGGGGUUAAAGGCUUUUUUGUCAGACCCUGCUCAGGCAGUUGGCCAAAUGAGUGCAAAGUCUGUUUUCCCCACCAGCUUAGCAUCUCGGAAAGAUGUGCUGGAGAGACCCUCUUGUUAAGAAGUUUCUGCCAGGCCGGGCGCGGUGGGUCACGCCUGUAAUCCCAGCACUUUGGGAGGCUGAGGUGGGCGGAUCACAAGGUCAGGAGUUUGAGACCAUCCUGCCUAACACGGUGAAACCCCGUCUCUACUAAAAAUACAAAAAAAUUAGCCAGACAUGGUGGCAGACGCCUGUAGUCCCAGCUACUUGGGAGGCUGAGGCAGGAGAAUGGCGUGAACCCGGGAGGUGGAGCUUGCAGUGAGCCAAGAUCACGCCACUGCACUCCAGCCUGGGCAACAGAGCGAGACUCUGUCUCAAAAAAAAAAAAAAGGUUCUGCCCUAGUUUGUACCCACAGUAUACGUGUGGGCACUUGUGCUUGAACCUCUAUUAAAGGAAUCAGGCCAGGCAUGGUGGCUCACGCCUGUAAUCUAAGCACUUUGGGAGUCUGAGGUGGGCAGAUCACCUGAGGUCAGGAGUUCAAGACCAGCCUGGCCAACAUGGCAAAACCCCAUCUCUACUAAGAAUACAAAAAAUUAGCUGGACGUGGGUGGCACACGCCUGUAAUCCCAGCUACUCAGGAGGCUAAGGCCGGAGAGUCGCUUGUGCCCAGGAGGUGGAGGUUGCAGUGAGCCGAGAUUAUGCCACUGCACUUUAGCCUGGGCAACACAGGGAGACUCCAUCUCAAAAAAAAGAAGACAUUCAACUUGAGGCUCCUGUUAGUUGAGCUAUCUUCUUUCACUUGAAGCAGGUUUGAGAGGCCAAGGCCAGAAUUUAAGUUCCUUUUAUGAAUAGAUUUCCCUUUCUUUCUGACCCCAAGGUCAGAGGAGACUAUAUAUUCCAU